GAGAGAGAGACUUGUGAUGUUGAGAAUUUCCAACUAUUUGUUAUCGACUAUCAACUGGUUUCCAGGACACAUGUACAAAGCAUCAAGGGAGAUUAAAGAAAAACUUGCACUGGCGGAUAUUAUCAUAGAAGUUCGGGAUGCGAGAAUUCCCUUGACUUCAGCUGCCGUUGCAGAAGUUUCACAGUUACCUUCACGUACUAUUCCUAGAAUUAUUUUGUUGAACAAGGCAGAUUUAUCGGAACCAUUGUUAUUGUCCAAAGCUAUGUGUCGGCUGGCAAAAGGCGGUCUCAAGUCAUCUUAUUGCUCGAUAUUGCCAUUUUCUUGCAAACAAGUACAACGAAACCAUAUAUCAUCUGUUUUGGAUACUUUAGCAGCUGUACCUGUGAGAAAAAGACUGAAAAGUUUGCCUACCAAAGUUAUCGUAAUAGGUGUACCGAACGUCGGCAAGUCAUCGUUUAUAAAUCUGUUGCAGCGUCAUUGUCGCAAUCAGUGGAAAGACAUUCCUGUAGAACAUACUAUUGACGAUGGAGGAGUGGCUAAAGUUGGGAAGCAUCCCGGAGUCACUAAAAAUGUUGCAGGUUUUGUGGUUUCGCAUCAACCUUAUAUCUACAUGUUGGAUUCUCCUGGUGUAAUGUAUCCACGAUUGGACAGUUGGGAAAGUGGUAUGAAACUAAUAAUCACCGGCUGUAUACGAGACCAGUCUGUGGAUUCGAUUGCAGCUUGUCAGUUUUUGUUGAACAUGUUGAUAGAAAGAAAUGAUUCGGUUGCCAUGUCAAGGUUAGGUAUCGAUAUAAAUGAUUGGAAUAUUUCUGCGCAUCAAGUUGUUCGAAAGGUUGCACAUAGAAUACGUGCAUUUCAAAAGGAGGAUAAAGAGCAUACACAUGAAAAUGAAGAUCUUUUGCGGACUUGCAUAUAUAUACUAAAAAAGUUUCGACAAGGAAGUUUAGGAUGCUUUACUUUAGAUUCCAUGGAAUGAUUGAUUCUCUUGGGUAGAGAAAGCAACAGCAUGAAUGAGGAUGGUCGAGAGCUGCUCUU